AUGACAGAUAAAAUUUUACACGCUGAAAUGUGUCCGUACGUGUUAGUAUGGAAGAAAGGAAUAGCAGUUCUUUCAGCGGGAAACGUAAAAGUAUCUCCCGACCCCCGCAUUAACUUAGUGCACGGUUACAGCUUGGAGAUUAAGGACGUGGGCCCCCAGGAUGCAGGGGACUACGUCUGCCAGAUCGGUACCCUCGAACCAAGAGAAAUUACACACACAGUUGAAAUACUCGUGCCUCCCCGGAUACACUACGUUACUUCUAACGGUCGCGUCGAAGUGAAAAAAGGCUCGUCGGUGAAACUGGAGUGCAAAGCUUCGGGAAAUCCGCCGCCCAAAGUGACAUGGUCGCGAAAAAACAACCUUUUACCGGACGGUGUUCAAACUGCCGUGACCCCCGUGUUGAGUCUUGACAGGGUCGACCGUCAUCAGGCUGGUGUAUAUCAGUGCACGGCAAAUAAUGGAGUUGGCGAAGAUGUUUCCGAACAGAUUGUGCUGCAUGUAUUAUACUCACUAAAAAUUCAUACAUCUUUAAAAAUUGUAUUUGUCACAGUUUAUCCAAUAAAAAAUUUCGACUUACAUGAAGAUAAGGAAUUAAUACAAAUAAAAAUAUUAGAUUUAGAUUCAUGA